UUAAAAAAACCUAUAGAAAGAGUUGACUGAAAGUUUAAAACAAUCGUUAAAGAAGGAAAUCAUUAAUUUGCUGGCGGCGUGAAUGAAGAGCAAAAAGUUAAAGUAUAUCUUUUACAGGUCAUCUGUCUCUCUCUCUUUCAAAUGCUCGAAAAAAAUUAAUUUAAUUGGAUAUUAUGAAAGAGUGAAAAAGUUAAUGUUUUAGUGACCUUGUAUGAAUAAAUGCACAAUGAAAGGAAGAAGAUAGUCAUGUCAUAUCCGCUCGUUGUUGUGUUGUGUGAGACUUUUCAGUGCCCGGAAGCUUAAGAGUUUACAAUGAAUUGCAUAGUUUUCUUGAUGUUUAUCACAACCAUGUGGCCGAUCCUUUACACUCAUGUCUGCGGAGAAGAAAUAAGUUGCAUACAAGGUGUAGCAGAUCUUUAUAACAAACUUACUAAUGGAUCAAUGUGUUUAAACGCAACUUCUGUUGAUGAUUUCAAACAGGAUGUGAAAUGCUCUCUCUGUAAAUGGACAGAGUCAAAAACGACAGAUAACUAUAUCCUUUUUCGAGUAAACUGUGCUGCGGACACGGUCCUGAAACUGGUCAAUAAAAUGAAUACCAAGUGUAAUUACAACGAGGAAAAUGUAAUAAUCGAGUGUGAAAUGGACCAAAAAACAAUAGAACCAUUAAAAAGUUGUAUUGUCGGCCAGUGUCUCAAACAACAGAUUCCCGGAUUUACAAAAGGUAUUGGGUAAUGAUAAUUUGUGUAUGUAGCCAUACGGUUGUGCAUUUUUAGAUGUAUAAAUGAAAAGAAGUUUAACCAAACAACUGCUUAAACUAUUAGGAAAAUUGUUUAUUCUAUAUCUCUUUUUUAUCAGAAAAGUAGUUCUGAUAAUUAACAUUCCUUUACAGGGUGUUUUGCGUGUGCGUGUGUGGGUGUGUGUUUGUGGAACCAACUUAUGCUUUUGUUUAGAAUUGUUUGAAAAUCCAUGUUCAAUAUAGGAUUUCAUGUUCCUUCAUACUUUUUUAUUAUCAAACCGGUAUGAGUAUAUGUACUUUCAAAUGUCUGGUUUGAUCAAAGAUUUUCAAAAAAAAAAAAGAAAAUUUAUCUUUAUAAAAUAUUAUUUUUGACAGAGAAAUAAAUUUAACUUUAUACCUUUGAUUAGAUACAUUUACAGUUGUUACAACUUAGAUAGGAAAAAAAAAACUAAAUGUAUUUUUUUCCUUUCAAUUUCUAACUCGGUUAUAUUAGAAAUGGAAUUGUUUAAUUCACCUUUAAAAAUUUGCUUAGUCUGUGCAAAACAUAAUCAGAAUACUGAGUAUAGAAUAUGAAAAUUAUUCAGUAAGUGGUAUUUUUUGGAUAGAUGGAUACAGAAUUACUUAAAGUCAUAUACGCUAUAUGAACGCCGAAUUUUGUGUGAAAAAUGAUUAAUGAAGUGUAAUGAAAAAUAAUACUUUUCACGAAUUUUUACUGUAGAUGUCGUUGUAAUAACAAAACAAUUAAACAAUAUCUAGGAAUUAAGAACUCAGUCUUUUCAUGAAUAUUGAUGAAGGAAGUGCGUAAACAGUAGGCCUAUAUAUAGAAACACAUGUCCACGGGAAAUCACAGACAACGAGGUAUGUUGCAUUUUGACAAAAAUUAUUAAUAUAAGGUUAAUAUGCGUCAAAACAGAGAAGAUGGUUGAUACUUUAUACAUUAAAAGAUAAGUACCGUUAAGUAAGAAGCUUGCCAUCCACGUCAAAAGUGAGUAGUAUCUCAAACGGCCUAUCUUGUUUUCUUUACGCCACGUGUGUUUAUCAAUCUAAAAGUAGCGACGGCGUCACGUGAUGGAUUUAUUUAAAAAUUGCUAUUUUUCUUUCCUUUCAGGAUAAUUAAAAAAUUAUUAUUUGAUAACUUUGUAACGCGUUUAAUUCUAAUGGUGUAAUUUACAGUAUUUUCGUAACUUUUAUUGAUA